GAUCAAAAGUAAUUUUUUUCUCGAUUCAAAGUUUAAUUUAAUCUUUGUAUUUCGAUUCAAUCAUUUCAGUGUUAGAUAAACGAACAUUAUUCAUUAUUCAAAAUGUCUUAUAUGUUACAACAUUUACACAAUGGAUGGCAAGUUGACCAAGCAAUUUUAUCCGAGGAAGAUCGAGUUGUCAUCAUUCGCUUUGGACAUGAUUGGGAUCCGACCUGUAUGAAAAUGGACGAAAUCCUUUAUGGUAUAGCUGAAAAGGUGAAAAAUUUUGCCGUCGUCUAUUUGGUGGACAUAACUGAAGUGCCGGAUUUUAAUAAAAUGUACGAAUUAUAUGAUCCAUGUACAGUCAUGUUCUUUUUUCGAAACAAACACAUCAUGAUCGAUUUGGGUACUGGUAAUAAUAAUAAAAUUAAUUGGGCGCUAGAGGAUAAGCAAGAAAUGAUCGACAUUGUCGAAACAAUAUAUCGCGGUGCACGAAAAGGCCGUGGUCUGGUGAUUUCACCAAAAGAUUAUUCUACUAAAUAUCGAUACUAGAAUUUUUAAUGUAAUUUAUUUUAAUUAAACUGAAUGGGUGUGAAAUAAAACAAAUGUUUUCAUUGUAAAUAU